GCAGAAUGGAAGAAGUUAUAGGCAUUCGGGAGAAAUUCCCCACAAAAGUUCCGGUAAUUGUUGAAAGAUAUCAGAGAGAAAGGUACCUUCCACUGCUAGACAAAACAAAAUUUCUUGUACCUCAGGAGCUGACCAUGACACAGUUUAUAACCAUCAUUAGAGGCAGGAUGGGACUGGGUUCCACUCAAGCUUUCUAUCUGCUAGUCAACAACAAGAGUUUAGCCAGCAUGUCUCUGACUCUGGCUGAAAUAUACCAGGAUUACAAAGAUGAAGAUGGCUUUGUAUACAUGACUUAUGCUUCCCAGGAGAUGUUUGGAUACCACUCCGCCGCUGGCAAAGGGAAGUGUAAUGAAUGCCUCCAAAAAACAUAAGUGUCCCUGAAGAGGCAGCU